UUUUCUCAAAACAAUGCUAAUAAUGACUAGGAAGAUAUGCUUGGAGUUAGUGCUGGCACCCUAGCAACAAGGAGACAGUGGGGAUAGUUGGAAAAGGGUAGGAAAAGUUCAAACUUCAAAUCUGCCAAUUAUAAAUGAUACCAAAGAGGGUAGCUGAGGGGGAAGCGUUGAAAACUAAAGAGACUUUUGUGUGAGAGAGAGAGCCCAACUUCUCCUUUAACUCCAACCAUACCGUACAGACGGGGAAGCUGAGAAAUCUAAGAGCAUCAAUACCAAUUCCAGGAUAAAUUUAAAACCCAACAGCCUCUGCCUUCCCAUGAUUGCACAGGUUUUGAAUCUGGGUGUCAUUGGUGGUUGUUUGGUUGCUGUGAAAUGUAGGCAAGGAAAAGAAAUAUGAGUUCUAAAUCUUGGAUUUUUCAUUGCAUGGGGUUCAAGGGAACACAAGACCCGUCUUAGUUCAGGGAGGAUACCAUUGUUUUUGGGAGGAAAAUCAAGGAGACUCAAGUUUGUGUUUUUCUUUUUCUUUCCCUGUGGUUUCUUGGUAGCCAAGGGAGAAGGUUUUCUGCAUUCCAGGAUGAUGGCAGAGAAGAAGAAUCUUUCAAAUUCCUCCUUUUUCUCCUUUCUGAUACUGGAUGAUCCAUGUUUUUGAUGGGUCCCAAGGAAAUUUGAAAAUUAUGAUCCCAACCAAGGUCUUAAUUAUGGCCUUUUGUUGAUUGAUAAUCUGGUCUUACUAGUUACAAUACUCGUGCAACAUUAUAUGUAAAGUUGGAUCAGAAAUGAUUCUUUUUCUUUACGGUAUCACUCCUUUAAUCCAACAUGAAAACAAGUAUAAAGAAAUAAAUAUGGUUUCUCCCACUUUAUCACAUUAAAGAUGGUUACAGGUUACUUUUACCCUUAUUUUGCUGUUGAGAUGACUAAGAAAGGAAGAGAAAGUAAUAUUUUCAAUGUUUUGUGCUGUUUUGGUCCUCACUUUCCACCAAAGAAAGGGAACAAUCACCCUGGUGAGUGAAUUUUCUUCCCUGGUCUAUGAUUCUUCCGAACAAUGAAAUAGUUGAAUCUCUUAAGAGUCAAUUCCUUUUUUCCUUCCCUACAUUUUUUCAGCAGCCAAAUGGGGCAUUGAAGAAUCCGAUCUUCGCUAUGUCUGGGUUUCUUCUACUAUGAUAGCUUACUGUUCUGUUUACCAAACCUUGGGGUUUGAGCCACAAAUUUGAAAAUUCUCAAAUUGAUUAAAACAGCUGGCUUAAGUUUGAUUCCCAUUAAAUGGAGGUUUUCUUGCGUUUAUGUUUAUUAUUUAUGUGCAUGUGUGUGUACAAUUUAUAUUGUUUUUUUUAUUUACUUUGAUAAUAGCUUGACCGAUGAUAUAGGUCCCUUAUAAGCUGCCUAAUUUUUUUCAAUAGUUUGAUGGAGAUCCGAUCUGCUGGUGCAGGUUCUUUUUGGUAUGGAAGGUUCAAUUAUUUAGACUAUUAUUGUUUGGUUGGAGGGUUCUGAAAUUUCCAUCACAUCUUUGUUUUCUUUCAAUUGAAUAUCGAACAAAAUUUUCAAGCUAGUGGGCGACAUGUUGGUUGGAUGGUCCCAUGGGAAAAGGUAUCUCAACAUAACAGGGCAUAGUAGUGCAUCAGUUGCCCAUAUUUUGCAUCAGUUCAUUUGACCAUUAGAAUGGGUCCUGAAUCCGUAAUUAAGAAUUAGACUCUACUAUGGCUGUCUCCCAUAAACACAGUUAUUAGGUGAUGUAACCCAUUAUAUAUAAUAUUUUUAGUCUCUCUCAACUGGGUAUUUUUUAUAAUUUUAAGCCUUCCACUGCUUACCCAGCUGCUCUUCUUAGAGGUGGAUUGCUAAUUGUCAGCUUCUAUGGCUUACCGUCAUGCGGUUUUGUUAUUACAAGGUGUAAUUCCAUCGAGCCCCUAUUAUUCUCUUACAAUUUACAUUAGACCUUUAUCAUGCUACUGGUUUUCUGAUGUCAACUUACACUAUUGAGUAGACUGAGGCUGAAGUUAAACUACCUUAAUUGUAAUGGAACAUGCCUCCCCACUUUGUAUGAAAAGGCUUGCUGUAACAACUGUUUUAUCCAAUGCCCUUUUGAGCUGACGUAUAUGUUUUUACUUUAAAUUAAGGAUUUGGUUAGGUUUGUUUUGUUGAAAUUAAGGAAGAAGCGAAGAGCCAUAUUAGUUGGUAUGACUAACAGUUCCCUACACAUACACACAUAUUUGCAGGUAGUACUUACAGUUUGGUCAUCAAUAUGCUUGGAACUGAUGUCUCAAAAAGCAAUAUUCCUAAAUCAUUCAAUUGUCUGAAGCAUCCAAAAUAACAUUUCUUCCAUAUCAUGGCCAAUCCAUCUGUGUUUGACCUCAGUUUGGUUAGGCUUUCACUUUGUACUGUCCUGGCCAUGUGGGUGUGGUCCAUGGAAAAACUAGUCCAUCAGUUAAUCAAUUUGGUCUUGUUAGCACCAUUAUUAACAGCCUCAAACACUUGAUACCAUAGAUUUAAAUUGAACAAAUUUGUUAUAACCUGAAUCAAUGUUUUGUAUGAAGCAAAUUAUCAGUAACAAAUGUAUUUUGUGAAUUGGCAGGUAGGGCUCUACAAAAGUAUCAUUGGCAUAAGCUUACUGAUUGUAAAGAAGUACUGUGAAUAAAUUACGCUGGUCUUUAUGGGCUGCUUUUGCUCUAAGAAAGCUAGACAAACACCAGGAUACGAGGAGCCUACUGUUCUUGCUGCUGAAACACCUUUUACUGUGUGCGAAGUAGAAGCCUUGUAUGAGCUAUUUAAGAAAUUAAGCAGUUCCAUCAUAGAUGACGGGCUUAUCCACAAGGAAGAAUUCCAGCUUGCACUCUUCAGGAACAGAAAUAAGAGGAAUCUCUUUGCAGAUAGGAUAUUUGACCUGUUUGAUGUCAAGCGAAAUGGGGUUAUUGAGUUUGGAGAAUUUGUUCGUUCAUUGGGUGUGUUUCACCCAAAUGCACCUGAAGCAGACAAAAUUUCUUUUGCUUUUCGACUGUAUGAUCUAAGGCACACCGGGUAUAUUGAGCGAGAGGAGUUGAAGGAGAUGGUGCUGGCGCUUCUUCAUGAAUCAGAUCUGAUACUUUCAGAUGAAUAUGUUGAACAAAUUGUGGAUAAGACUUUCAAUGAUGCAGAUUCAAAUGGUGAUGGAAGGAUUGACCCAGAAGAGUGGAAGGAAUUUGUAUCAAAGAAUCCAUCCCUGAUAAAGAACAUGACUCUUCCAUACCUAAAGGACAUAACAUUGGCAUUUCCCAGCUUUGUGAUAAGCUCUGAAGUUGAAGACUCAGAAAUAUAGGCUUAAGUUACACAAUAAGGUAUUAACAAACUCAAGUCAUAAGGUGGAUCGAACAUUUUGAGUUGCUUCCUCCAUUGAGCAACUCAGACUUUCUCUUUAAGUGACAGCAGCAAGGACUAGAAGAACUAUGGCUUAUAACGACACUCUCAAUUGCAGUCAACAAGCAAGAUUGCGUGCACAGAACUAUACUUCUCCAACUACUUGACACCAGUCCUUGUUAAUAUGUGUAUGCUUGUAGUUUUGCAGCAUCUGGGAUUGGUUGGUUGCACUGGCAACCCUGAAGAGGUACAUUACUUGCAACCUGGGUCCUCUGGUGUUCGAUAUCAUAGAAUAAUGCCUCAUGGCUUAUUAUGGCUCAUGCCGGUUCUUGCCUGAAAGUUAGUACUUUGAAACAUCAUUUUGUUCUGGCUUUGAUAUAAACUUAGGAAACAAGUUGCAGACUGAUGAAUUUGGAUGAAGCUUGUUAUCACUUUAAAGAUAAUAAAGAUAAUUUCUUUGA